UGACAGGCCAUGCAGAGAAAGUUGGCAUUGAAAACUUUGAACUCCUGAAAGUUCUUGGAACAGGGGCCUAUGGAAAAGUGUUCCUAGUAAGGAAAGUAAGCGGCCAUGAUGCUGGAAAGCUGUAUGCCAUGAAAGUACUGAAGAAAGCAACAAUAGUUCAAAAAGCCAAAACAACUGAGCACACAAGGACAGAACGACAAGUGUUGGAGCACAUUAGGCAAUCACCGUUUUUGGUCACGUUACAUUAUGCCUUCCAGACAGAUACAAAGCUUCAUCUCAUUUUAGACUAUAUAAAUGGAGGAGAAUUGUUUACUCACCUUUCACACAGAGAGAGGUUCUCAGAAAAUGAGGUGCAAAUUUACAUUGGGGAAAUCGUUUUGGCACUUGAACAUCUCCACAAGUUGGGGAUUAUAUAUCGGGAUAUUAAACUUGAGAAUAUUCUCCUUGAUUCUGAUGGCCACGUGGUGCUGACAGACUUCGGUCUGAGUAAGGAGUUUCUUACUGAUGAGAAUGAGAGAGCAUAUUCCUUCUGUGGAACAAUAGAAUACAUGGCUCCAGAUAUUGUAAGAGGAGGAGAUACAGGACAUGAUAAGGCUGUUGAUUGGUGGAGUGUUGGUGUUCUUAUGUAUGAAUUAUUAACAGGAGCAUCACCAUUUACAGUUGAUGGAGAGAAGAAUUCCCAAGCAGAGAUUUCUAGGAGAAUAUUAAAAAGUGAGCCACCUUAUCCACAAGAAAUGAGUGCACUAUCUAAGGAUAUAAUUCAGCGUCUUUUGAUGAAAGACCCCAAGAAGAGGCUAGGUUGUGGUCCCACUGAUGCUGAUGAAAUCAAACAGCAUCCCUUUUUCCAGAAUAUGAAUUGGGAUGAUUUAGCUGCCAAAAAAGUAUCAGCUCCAUUUAAACCAGUAAUCAGAGAUGAGUUGGAUGUCAGUAAUUUUGCAGAAGAGUUUACAGAAAUGGAUCCGACAUAUUCGCCUGCAGCAACCCCUCAGACUUCAGAAAGAAUAUUUCAGGGAUAUUCUUUUGUUGCACCUUCUAUUUUGUUUAAACGCAAUGCAGCGACAGUAGAUCCUCUUCAGUUUUAUAUGGGGGAUGAGCGGCCUGGAACUACAAGUAUUGCCAGAAGUGCUAUGAUGAAGGACUCUCCAUUUUAUCAUCAUUAUGAACUGGAUCUGAAAGAGAAACCAUUGGGAGAAGGAAGUUUUUCCAUUUGUCGAAAGUGCUUACACAAGAAAACUAGCCAAGAGUAUGCAGUAAAAAUAAUUAGCAAAAGAAUGGAAGCCAACACCCAGAGAGAAAUAACAGCUCUGAAACUCUGCGAAGCACACCCGAAUGUAGUGAAGUUACAUGAAGUUUAUCAUGACCAGCUUCACACAUUUCUAGUAAUGGAAUUGCUGAAGGGAGGAGAAUUGCUUGAACGUAUUCAGAAAAAGAAACAUUUCAGUGAGACUGAAGCCAGUCAUAUUAUGCGCAGACUUGUUUCAGCAGUGAGCCAUAUGCACGAUGUAGGAGUAGUCCAUAGAGAUCUGAAACCUGAGAAUUUAUUGUUUACAGAUGAAACUGAUAAUUCGGAAAUAAAAAUAAUUGAUUUUGGCUUUGCUCGUUUAAAACCACCUGAUAAUCAGCCUCUUAAGACUCCAUGCUUUACUCUUCAUUAUGCUGCCCCAGAGCUCUUCAAUCACAAUGGUUAUGACGAAUCUUGUGAUCUGUGGAGUUUGGGGGUCAUUUUGUAUACAAUGCUAUCAGGACAGGUACCAUUUCAGUCUCAAGACAAAAGUUUAACAUGUACCAGUGCAUUGGAAAUUAUGAAGAAAAUAAAAAAGGGAGAAUUUUCCUUUGAAGGAGAAGCUUGGAAAAAUGUUUCUGCAGAAGCUAAAGAGUUAAUUCAAGGACUUCUAACAGUGGAUCCAAACAAAAGAAUUAAAAUGUCCAGCCUGAGAUACAACGAAUGGCUUCAGGAUGGCAGCCAGCUGUCAUCCAACCCUCUAAUGACUCCUGAUAACUUAGGCUCUUCAGGAGCUGCGGUGCAUACAUAUGUCAAAGCCACUUUUCAUGCCUUUAACAAGUACAAAAGGGAAGGAUUUUGUCUCCAGAAUGUUGACAAGGCACCUCUUGCAAAGAGAAGGAAAAUGAAAAAAACAAGUACAAGCACAGAGACACGUAGCAGCUCCAGUGAAAGUUCACAUUCUUCUUCCUCUCAUUCUCAUGGUAAAACUACACCUACAAAGACACUGCAGCCAACAAACCCUACAGACAGCAAUAACCCAGAAACUAUCUUCCAGUUCUCUGACUGAAAAGCAGAGAAUAUCCUGUCUUGAAGAUUUAAGUGGUUAUAAACUUGGUAGUACCUAUAUUGUCUUCUCCGACCCUUUCUCCCUGUGGCUUACAAGCUACAGGAAUAUGUCUGUUGUUUUAAAAAUGUAUUUCAAUCAUACGUUUUUAGCUUUGUAUUUCAAUACAUUUCUUUUUAGCAUUAAGUUUGGUAUCACUGGAUAUGGUAUAAUACUAUUAUACAACCAACAUUGUAUUCUCUUAGGGCUAAAUUACUAGCGUGCAGUCAAGCUCAAGGUAAGGAGCUAUGCUGCUCGUGGUACAGCUUGGAGGAAGACUGUUUCUCAGUGUCAGAAUCCUCGUCCCAGUUUCUUCCCCACUGUUCAAAGGAAGGAAAGCUCUGUAACACGUAUAGAACUCUUGGAUCUUCUGCUUUUACCCAACUCUGUGAAGAAUGUCAAAGAAUUUGAUUCUUCAUGCAUGUAAGGAAUCAUUGGUACAAUGCACCAAAGCAGUAUAGUACUUUAAGGCCUUUUAAAUUUGUGGUUACAUUCUUUCCCAUUUAUUUGAAUUAAGUGCAAAAUGAAGCAUUCUGGAAGUCUUACGUUGUUUUAAAAAGUAACUCCAUAUAUCUUGUUCUAAACAACUGGGAAUAUAAGUCUUAGAAUUUUUUUUUUUUAAUUUAUUUAAUUUUUUAAAAAACAUCUAGGGUAAAAGAUGUCUGAUAAGGUGAGGCGUCUAGUACUGUGAUACAAUCAUUUUUACUUCUACUUUUUGAAUUUAUUAACUUUUAAAAUGUUUUACCGAUUCUAAAAUGUAAUGCUAUAAGAGAAAGUGAAAUUUCAUAUUGAAUGCUUUGGAAAAUGAUCACAUGUUAAAAUAAUCUAUUUCAAGAAUUAAUUAUAAUUUAUAUUUUCUUUUUAUAUUUACACAAUAACUUUAAAAUACUAAGAUUUUUUUAAAGAUGCAAACCCUCCACUUUCAACAUUUGUUAUUAUAGGGUCCAUACAAAAUGUAUACCAAGUUAUUUGAAUUUUGCAUUGUGCAAAUACAGCAGUUUAAUAGUGACUAUAAAAUAUUAGAAUAUAUGUUUUCUUUUUUGCACUUUAUAACAUCAAAAGGAGAUGUUUUAUAAUAAAGUGCACUCAGAUCUCUCUUCCUACAAGGUGCUGAGCACUGUUUUACGGGGUUGAAUGACCUGAAAUCCACCUUAUUUGGUGGUUGUGGUCAUUGUGAAGGAGAAUUCUGUACUUUGCAGGAGUGAAUCCCUGUAUAUUACCCACUGUUUUCAUUCCUUACUUUAAACUGCAAAGCUCUUUCUAUCUUGCUUUUACAUUGUAUAUAACAAAUACUAGACCUGGGCACCUUGUGUAGUGUAGAUGUUAACAACUUAUGCACUGGGAAUACUAAAGGGAAAUUAUAUUGAACACUGUGCUUCACAACUUGUUCACUGUGGUGUUCUACAGUGAAGUAUUUCCUACUGUGAUAGUAUAGUAUGUACAUAGUUGUUUGGAAUCAUAAAUGUGACUUACAGAAACAUCAGCAUAAACUUUUAAAUCAGCAUAUUUUAUAAAUUUAUGGAGAGCUCUUUAUCGCUCGUAUUCUAAAUGACUAGGGGUGACUUAAGUGCUAAAGAUGACUCCAGUUUUGCAAAUGCUUACAUGUGUAAGUUUCCACUGAAGUCAGAGAGACUCCUUGUGUAAAGUUAAUCAUAUGCCUAAAUUUGUGUGAUGGAAGGCUAAUUGACUAGGGGAUUUUGUUAACAGCUUGCUCUAUCUUAAAGCAACCUUAAUCCAAACCCUAUGCAAAAA